AAGGGUGAACCCUAGACAGAGCCGAGGACGUCAAGCGCCGGAAGAAGGGAGAUUGGGUCACCCAGAAGAGAAGAGGAAAGGGAGAGGGCAGGGGCUUCUGGGUUGGAUAAGCGGACGGGGCACCUCCCGCAGGCAACAUCAUCUGUACAUUUGCAGAAUAAGAGGCGUUGUUACAUAAGGGGCUUAACGAUGGCUGCCCUCGCUCACGCAUCUUGCGCCAUGGGGGCCCUGAAUCUUGCAGGGAGCGGCCUCGCUUCUUCCACGGCGAGGGCCUCCCCUAGUUCCCAGAGCGCCUUUGUGGCUCUUCCAAAAACGUUCCGGGCCGCAACAAAGACAGCGGUCCCGAUGCACUGCCACCGGUCAAUCACGAUGGGGUCCACAUUGAAAACGAAAGAGCAGGUUGCGGAGUAUCGGUCCUGGACCGAUGAGGAGCUCGACCAGAAGGUGGCUGACUGCAAGAUGGAGCUCUUCUUCCUGCGGAUGCAACUGGCUGCCCGGCAGGAGAUCAAAACGCAUCGGUUCGAUGCGCUUCGGAAGACGGUUGCUAGGUUGCUCACGGUUAAGAGGGAACGGGAAAUCGCGGAGGGCAUCAAGCCCCGGGAGUCACGGAAGCGGUCGAAGGCUUUGGAACACGCUCGAGGGGGCUGGUGGAAGGUAGCCAACAUUCCCGAAGAGUUUAAGUAUUUGACCACGCCCGGGGAGGGUGAUUCUGUGGUGGAGAUCUAGUCAUAACGGUUCUAUUCUAAAAAGCGGCAUGCAAUAGAUAUGGAGGUAGCAGCGGAAACAUUCGAUUCUUGGUUGCCCAUUGACAAGCGAUCCGUUUGAAGCUGCCCUUUCUAAAAGGUUCAAGUUGGUUAUCGCUUGAACGUCCUCACGAGCCAUGGAAGUGGCUUUUCCCAGGCUUUAAGCUGCUGAGACUGUGGUUCUGGCAUGCCCCUCGCUACGUUUAUCAGUUACACAAGCAGCUAACCCUUCCGUCGGAUUCAACUGG